UUGACAAAGUCAAAGCAAAGCAAAAUGCAUUCUACCUCCAGCUUUCUGUUCAUUGCCCUGGCUUGUGCCUGUGCCUUCUCCGUUGCCUUGGCCUAUCCCUAUCCUGAUCCCCGAGAGAUUGUCAACAUGCAGCCCGAACCAUUGGCAUAUUCUCCCGAUUUCAAUGCUCCCCUGCACAGAGUUCGUCGCCAGUUCCAAUUGAAUGGCGGUGGUGGUGGAAGCCCCAAACAGGGAUUUGAUCUGAACCUCAACGCCCGUGCUCCUGUUUGGCAGAGCCAGAAUGGCCGCCACUCUUUCGACGCCACGGGAUCGUAUGGCCAGCAUCUUGGAGGACCCUAUGGAAACAGCCGACCUCAGUUUGGAGCCGGAGGUGUGUACACCUUUAGGUUCUAGGCUACUAGCUGAAUUUCUUAAUAUUUAUUAAAUUAUAAAUAAAAACCAUAACGAAAUA